GUGAGUUCCUCUGCCCUCCCAUUCACAAAAAAUCUGUCAAGGCAUCUGCGCAGUACGUGUCUCACCCUCCCAUUCAUAAAAAGCCAUUUUCCUCAUGUAGUUGCAACAUCGUAUCAAAAACCCAGCGUCCCCACUGCAGUGCACUUCGAACGGAUUGUGGUCAAGGUUUUUUUUCUUCCUUACGAGGUUUUACCUUGGAUCUGUAUCUUUGGAAUAUACACUAAGACGCUGUGUUCAACAGACAGGGCGAUGCGUUGUUUCUUUAAACUGCACUGACCGCAAGGUGCCGCGCAGCUCUCAGUUGGCCAUGCGAGGGACCCGCUCGGAGCCCAUGGAGUCCCGAGUGCCCCACCACAUCCCCGGCGUCUCGUCCUCCAUCAUGGUGCAGCCCCUGCUGGAUAGCCGCGUGCCCUACGGCCGCCUGCAGCACCCGCUCACCAUCUACCCCAUCGACCAGAUGAAGUCGUCACACAUGGAGAACGACUACAUCGACAGCCCAGCAGCCGUGUGCCAGCAGCCGCAGCACACGCAGCCCAAGCACCCGGCUGCUGGCCGGCAGGCAGAUGCCAACCCACACCACCAACACCAACACCACCAUCAUCACCACCACCACCACCACCCGCACCCACACAUGCAGGACUCCACCCACCCGUGGAUCAGCUUCAGCGGCCGGCCCAGCUCCAUCAGCUCCAGCAGCAGCACUUCCUCUGACCAGCGUUUGCUGGACCACGCCGCCCCCACCCCGGUGCUGGACUCGGCCUCCACCACCAUAUCCUCCAACUCCACCUCCUCAUCCUCUUCCUCGCUCCCCCCUGCUGCUGCUUCUCUGGGCAGAGUCCCCGGCAGUGGCACCGUCGGCCUCCAGGCCAAGCUGCCCAGUGCCAAGCCCGCGGACCUGAAGACGCCGGCAGGGUCUGGGCCGGAUGGCCCGGUUGGUUCACCUCUCCCCGCAGAGGCCAAGCACCUGCUGCUGUGCGGGCGCUGUGGCAAGUGCCGGUGCACGGAGUGUACACUGCCCCGGGUGCUGCCCUCCUGCUGGGUGUGCCACCAGGCGUGCCUGUGCUCAGCCCAGAGCCUGGUGGAUGCCGCCACCUGCAUGUGCCUGGUGAAGGGCGUCUUCUACCACUGCGCUGAGGACGAGGACGACGGCGAAGAGGGCUCGUGCGCCGACCGGCCGUGCUCCUGCGCACCAGCGCACCGCUGCGCCCGCUGGUCCUUCAUGGCGGCACUCUCGCUGGCACUGCCCUGCCUGCUCUGCUACCUGCCCGCCGUGGGCUGCGCCAAACUCUCGCAGAAGUGCUACGACGGUGCCCAGCGCCCAGGCUGCCGCUGCAAGGUGGCCGCUGUGUCCAAGGCGGGUGUGGCAGGGAUUCUGGGGAAAGCUGGGGGAGGCUUGGACAAGCAGACUUCGUGAUGCCAGCCGUUAUAGUGGGACGUCUGAGACAUUUGGGCUGAUGACAGACAUGCUCUGCAUUAGCAGAGGAGGAUCUGAGUGGAUAUGUGCCCACCAUGCCACCCACCCCCCACCCCCCCCAAGCUGGUGGCGUUCCUCCAAUCACGGUACUUACUCACAAGGGUUCAGACUGGAUGCAAAUCAUAGUGUCAUAGUGUGACAUCUCAAAAGAUCAGUAGCAACAUUGCCUAGAUUAGCCUGGCUAAAAACACUUGCUUACUUCACAGUCCUGUUUUUACGAGUGCAAAUAAGAACUGUGGGGAGGCUGUUCUUGUUGUUUUUCAAUGCCAGAAGGCUUAACAGUUCUUGUAUGUUAUGCAUUCUGGCCAUAAAUCAAAGUACUCACAACAUGUAUCACUAUAGUGUCAGGUAUAGGAGUCAAGUUUCUUUCUUUAACGUUCAAACUUGUGUUUUGUUCUUUUUCUUCUGGAGAAAAAUAAGUAUUUCCCACACUAGAAGUAACCAAAAAAAAAUACAGUUCAUUAAACAUAGCAUCUGGCAUAGCUAAAGAAAGCAGUGAAUUUAUAGUGUAUGACAUGUUAAGGUCAAAAUAUCAAAAUCACACAGCAUGUGCUACCUUCCACUGCUAGCAUGUUGUGAAGCUUGUGUUCUGAUGCAAGCUGGAAUCUUCUGGUGUCAUUAGUAGCCGGUAGGCAGGCUGUAGUCAUAGGCCAUACUGUUCUAAGACAGGGGUACAUUCCCUUUAAAGGAGGCUCUGUGUUAAAAAAAAAAUGGAAAUUUUUAUUUUUUAUUUUUAUUUUAUUUCUGUAGAACAAUUAACAUGCCUUCACACGUCCUCUCAGACAUGUAUAUCAUGAUGUGACGUGAACUUGUCAAUGGUUAAGCACCAAAUCGCUAGAGGAUUUAGUUAGCUGUUGGAGAACCCACCUCAGGGAUCAUCUUGACCAUCGGAAAACAGACGAAUAUGCAGGCUGAGAAUAUUCUGCAUAAAGGCAACAUAAAGGAAACUAUUCUGUAUUUCCGACGGUGGGCUGUGGCAUUUGUAAGCUAAUAAUUCAUUUGAGGUCAUAACCUUCCCUUAAGCUUGAAGGCAAGCCACAACCACAGCUGAUCCCUCUAGCCUUAUGACAAUAUAAAUCCUACCUUACCACGUAUACCAACUUUUUAGCAGAAUCCAAACCCUUAUAGUGGACAUAAAGCACAGUAUUAUGGACAAUGGCGAAACAAGCCCCUCUCUGUUCAUGAAGCCCCAGCCCCUGUAGUCUACCACACUUAAUAUAUACCAAACAUAAUCUAAUCUUUUUGCUGCUCAGCUGUGUGUGUGUGUGUGUGUAUGUGUGUGUAUGUGUGUGUGUGUGUGUGUCAUAAAAUUGUAUCUAUUUUCUUCUAAUGUAUGUUAUUGGCUUGUAUGGUAUUCCGGACAAUUUGCCAAAGGAGUACAUUUCCAAUGUUUUUUUUUUUUAAUUUUUUUAACAUCUUCGUUGUGCACCAGGUAGUCAAAAGACAAAAUGUUUCUAAAGAUACGGUACCAUUGUUUUUUAGGAUGCCUGAAUGGCAGUAUGGAGCUCUGCCACUCCACUGUCUGUGUUCACUUUUUGUAUGCGACUGGCCCGCCCGCCACACGCACCAGGCUAUGCACAUGUUCCUGUCUGUACGUGUCUUGUUGCACCAAGCCGAAACAUACCGAAAAAAAAGAAACACUACUGUUCUUAGUCUUGAAUGUAUAAGGAAAUUACAUUUUUUUGCAGAUUAACCUGUGAAUAGGUGCCAAAAUAGUGAUAAGUGGUGAGGCUUGCAUAGUUAGGGAAGUUGCUAACGUGUCAAAAAUAUGUCGAUAAUAUUAGAAACAGACCUAUGCAGGUUACAUGUUGUAUAUAGUUCCAAGAAUCUAGCAAUCUUUAGGUGAGUUCAAAAUGUCCUGAAAAUUGCAUGGUACAGUGUAACAAUGAUUCUUUAAAACACAUAAACACAUGACUAUAUAUAUAUUUAUGUCUGUGUGUAUGUGUGUGUGUACACACACACACACACACACACACACACACACAUAUAUAUACAUAUACACACAUAUAUAUACAAAUAUAUAUGUAUAGAGAGUUAAAUAUAGAUUAUACAUAUAUAUAUAUAUUGGCUAAUGAUUGUGGGUGGUGGAAAAGACGAGGGCAUGGAAAGGUCUUUAAUUUCAAGCACUUGAUCUGGAGAAGUGUAGCUAGGCAAUAAAAAUACCUCUUUCUCUUGUGUCUGUGCCCCAGUAGAGUGAGGUGCCACCGUUUGGACUUUGUCCUGUAGUUUGGAGCUCUCAUUCAGUCCCCAGUAUGUCUCCUACCAACAGCCCCACACCUAUCAUUCUCAGUCCACUGCUGCAGACUCCCC